CCGGGCUCAGCAGACAAAUGUCUUGCUCUUUUUAAUGGGCGGUAAGUUGCCGGGUGCCUAGAUAUUGAAAUAAAAACUAAAAGGGGACUUCAGAAUGGAACCGUAUUGUUUGUAAUAGGUGGAAGUCGAACAUACGCUGCUGUGGAGAUAUUUUAAUAGACGCUUAGAGAGCAGACAGCAGAAUUCUCAUCAUAUCGACGCGUCUCGUUUCGCCGGCAUCUUUCACUCGCUAACGUUGAAAAUAGCUAGCUGAGCUGAUGGACUCAAUUGGAAUUUGUGCUUGUGUGUGAGCUUCACGGUUGUGUUAGUGUUAAGUGUGCGUUGUACGCCAAGUAAAAGCCGUCGACUUUAAUAGAGGCACGUGGUGACGUAGUAGUCAGGACUCGCGAUAUAAAGGUGAUUCAGCCUUUGGUUAGUACAGGGUCAAGCUGUUCGGGAGAGGCGGACACAUGAUGCACCAGCAGGGCUCGUUGAUGCCCUCUUUGCUCAGUGGUGUAUUCUGCCAGUGUCGGUCGACAGACACACAUCCAGGGGCCGACCCUGGUGGUGGAGGCAGGGUUCCCCCCUCCGUCCCUUCCUCGGAUGCAUCACCAUCUAAACCAGUAACCCAACAGUCAGCGUCCGGCGUGUGGCACAUCGACGAAGGAGAGCAUCCAUGUGACAUAUGUGGGGGUUCGGAGCAGGAGCACAGACUCAAAGUGCUCUUCCAGGUCCUGGAUGUGAACGGGGAUGGAGGCAUCUGUGUGAACGACUUGACAAUUGGGCUGAAGAAGUUAGGAGUACAUCGCACUGAACAUGAGCUCAUGAAAAUAGUGAAAGCCGGAGACAAAGACCUGGAUGGACAGUUAGACUUUGAGGAAUUUGUCCAUUAUCUCAGAGACCAUGAGAAGAAACUCCGACUGGUCUUCAAGAGUUUGGACAGGAAGAAUGAUGGUCGAAUUGACUCACAAGAAAUCAUGCAGUCUCUGCGUGACCUGGGAGUGAACAUCUCUGAGGAACAGGCAGAGAAGAUUCUUAGAAGAAUAAGGAGGGGUCAUAUCUGGGCCCCUAUUAUGUAUAUGGAUAAAAAUGGAACAAUGACCAUUGACUGGAAUGAGUGGCGGGACUACCACCUCCUGCAUCCAGCUGACAACAUCCCUGAGAUUAUUCUUUAUUGGAAACACUCCUCGAUCUUUGAUGUAGGGGAGAGUCUGAUGGUUCCUGAUGAGUUCACAGCAGAGGAGAAGAAAAUGGGUAUGCUAUGGCGACACCUAGUGGCUGGAGGAGGGGCUGGUGCAGUGUCUCGAACUUGCACAGCACCACUGGACCGUCUGAAAGUUCUCAUGCAGGUUCACUCCUCCAAGAGCAACAGUAUGCGCAUCGCAGGUGGCUUUGCUCAGAUGAUCCGAGAGGGUGGUGUAAGGUCUCUGUGGCGAGGCAACGGUAUCAACGUCCUCAAAAUUGCCCCUGAGUCUGCAAUAAAGUUUGUGGCUUAUGAACAGAUUAAGCGACUGAUUGGAAGUAACCAGGAGACAUUGGGCAUCACAGAGAGACUGUUGGCUGGCUCUCUGGCUGGAGCGAUUGCUCAGAGCAGCAUAUACCCCAUGGAGGUCCUGAAGACACGGUUAGCCCUGAGGAAGACGGGUCAAUACUCGGGCCUCCAAGAUUGUGCUAAACAUAUCUUCCAGAGGGAAGGCGUGGCAGCUUUCUACAAGGGCUACAUCCCAAACAUGCUGGGCAUCAUUCCCUAUGCUGGCAUCGACCUGGCUGUCUAUGAGACUCUGAAGAAUUCGUGGUUGCAGAACUACGCUACAGAUAGUGCUGAUCCAGGAGUGUUUGUGCUACUCGCUUGUGGCACUACUUCCAGCACAUGUGGACAGUUGGCCAGCUACCCACUCGCUCUGGUCAGGACUCGAAUGCAGGCACAAGCUUCUCUGGGAGGAGGUCCUCAGAUGAGCAUGACAGGACUGUUCAGAAACAUUAUUAGGACUGAGGGACCAAUAGGACUCUACCGAGGCCUGGCACCCAACUUCAUGAAGGUCAUCCCAUCUGUCAGCAUCAGCUACGUGGUCUACGAGUACCUGAAGAUCACGCUGGGAGUCCAGUCAAAGUGACCAGGGAGGCAGACAGAAGAAAAUAAGUGGCCAAAGGUUUUUUUUGUUUGUUUGUUUGUUUGUGGUCUGAAAUGACCAGCUACGGUUCAACAUAUUUCAGUGCAGAAAAUGAAGGACAAAGCUGAGAUGUGUGAUUUGAAGAGAGAAAAAAUUUGACUGAAGUCAUGUCUGUCAGUUGUUCUCUUAAGCUUUCUUGUAGCAGCUCGGUGGUGUUUCAGCACCUGUGAGUCUUAGUUUAACAAGUGUUUACAUGACUCUAAAUUACUGCUAGAACUGGAACAUGUCCCUGCUGCUGAGUACUGUGAAAGGAACAGUCCUGCGUCUCUGUGGAAAGGAAGAAUCUUGAUCCUGGUGGGCUUUGCUCAGUCAUGACACUAUAUCAUCAUAUUGCUGUCAGCAUAUGAUAUCAUACGCUAUCAGCUUUGUCUGUGAAGCUGUAACUGGAUUUAAAACGGUAGAUAAAUGGUCGAUUUGGCUGCAUUAAAACAGAGAUGAUAUAAACAAGAGAAACUAGUUUACUUUAAGCUAAAAUCAGUAUAUAAUGAAAUAAAGGAUUAACGUGAUCCAAAGUGAUUAGGGCCAUUCUAGCAAAAACUAAUUACAGAACCAAGGGAAGUGUUCACUAUCUCUGAGAUUAAAGUAAUAAGUAUUAAAAUAGGCUUGAAAUAGUUAUUAUCGAUGUCCUAUGAAAAGUUAUUGCUGCAAAUCGAGGAAACCAACUCAGACAGUGAAACUAGCCGCUGCGACUUGAGCCAUUGGUUAGUGAAGUCUCAUUCUGAUCCCUGAGCUGAGAGUAUUUUUUUUCCAUUGGCAUCUUGGUGUUUUUAAACUUAGAACAAUCGUUAUAUACAAGGUAAGGUAAACUUCAUGUUGCAUUUAAUAUGACCUGAAGCCCAUAAAGGAAAGUGUUCACUGGGGUCACAUAAAAAGGGUGCUGAAGGCCGUUUUCCCAAAGACCUGUAAAUAACCACAAGUCUUUGCAGCCAGAAGAAUGAAGGAAAAGGCAUUAAAAAGAAAGCAGGUUUAAGGCACUUUAGCACUGACUUCACUUUUCAGACCAAGAAGCUGUGUCCAUAUGUCACCCCCACAGUAUCUUUUGUAUGAUUGAUGUGGUUUCUUGACAACAAAGAGGGAAAGAAACAGACCAUAAUUUGGUCUGAUCAUUUCUGAUGUGUGUAAUUUUCUUUCUUUCUUUCUUUACCACUACAAUCAUUGAGAAUAUCCAAGUGUUUUUUUUCUUGCAUACUUGUCAGUCCAAGUUUUUUCCAUUUAAAAUCAUUAUCCACUGUCAUUUACU